AUUUCACUACAAAAAAUUUGUUUAAUCGAAAAAAAAUAGCGCCGGAAAGAAAAAUCAGUCAGAGCCCCCUACUGUUCAUAGAAAUUUUAAAUUUCUCUCCUACUGAUCGUUCAUUGGUCUGCCAGUACUGUAUUGACACGACUGACACAAACUCAUACCAUAGUUGCACAGUGUUUUUCAAUAAAUAAAUCAGUAGUUAGUUAUCCGUGAAUAAAAUAUGAUGCAUCAGAAGCAAUUAUUUUAUGGAUUAUUACUAAUUUUUUGGGCUGCUUUUGUUGAUGGAGAGUUUACGGCUGAAGACUGCAAGACCCUAGGAUUUAAUAAAGCUACUCUGCUCUGCUCCACGUGCAAGCAAGCAGCUGAUUUUAACCUGAAUGAGAUUCGGGAUCAUUGCCGAGAGUGUUGUGUUAAGGACGAUGACACCUCAGGGAAGCGUUAUCCAAAAGCAGUAUUGGAAGUCUGUACCUGUAAAUUCGGCGCUUACCCUCAGAUCCAGGCAUUCAUUAAGAGUGAUCGUCCGAAAAAGUACAAAAAUCUCCAGAUUAAGUACAUUCGGGGUCUGGAUCCCGAGAUGAAAUUGUAUGAUGCAGAAGGCAACGUUGAGAACCUAGACAUUCGAAAAUGGGAUACAGAUUCAGUGGAUGAAUUCCUUCAGACUCAUUUAGUCCUAGAGUAGAGGGCUAGUUAGGACCAAUAAAUUUUUGUAAUAUACUUGUGUGUAGAAAAUGAGAAAUACAAUUUUCCACAAUCAA